CACGUUCCCAGCGGAACCAUCGACGGAAAGCUUGAACUCGGGGAGGCAUAUGCAUGUGACGCACUAACCAAAUGCACCAAGAAGGUUUAUUAACCAAGGAGUGGGAGGGUUAGUCAUGAUGGUCACCCGCCGUGUUCCUCUGGUUUUGUUAGCCUGCGGCUCUUUUAAUCCAAUCACUAACCAGCAUAUGAGGCUGUUUGAGCUGGCCAGAGACCAUCUGCACGCCACAGGCCAGUACCAAGUGAUGGGUGGCAUCGUGUCUCCGGUUAGUGACGGCUAUGGAAAGCAAGGCCUGGCGCUGGCUAAGCAUCGCAAUGCGAUGGCAAAACUGGCACUUGGGACCUCCAGCUGGGUCACCGUUGAUGAGUGGGAGAGCCAGCAGCCGGACUGGACAGAGACUGUGGAAACCAUGAGAUAUCAUUCUGAACGCAUUCUGAAGGAACUGGGAACGCACAGGGACCCCAAUGGAAACACACCCCCUCUCUCCUGUGUUUCCCCACAGCUAAAGCUCCUGUGCGGAGCCGAUUUCCUGAACAGCUUUAAGGUUCCAGGCCUCUGGCUGGACAAGCACGUGGAGGAGCUGGUCGGGCGCUUCGGCCUCGUCUGCGUCAGCAGAGGAAGCUUGCAGUCCGAGCGCGCUGUACACGAGUCCGACCUGCUGCACCGCCACAGACAUAACAUUUUCCUUGUGACGGAGUGGGUGAGGAAUGAGACAAGUGCCACAGAGGUCCGACGUGCACUGAGGCGGGGUCUGAGUGUGAAAUACCUCGUCCCGGACUCUGUGAUAGACUAUAUUCACCAGCACAAUCUGUACACAGAGGACAGCGAGAGGAGAAACGAGGGCACGCUACUGAGACCCCUUGUCAAGCAGGCGCGGCAGCCUGGGAAGAGUCUGGAUGACUGACAGGUGGCGUCUUCAAUGAGUUCUUUUUCUGACGGAUUGGGAUCAUGGAAGAAGUUUGCACAAUAAAAAUGGCGGCACUUAACUUUUAGUAGAAAGUGCUUUCUCAAUCCAAGGUAAUACAUUAUGAUCAAAUGCAAUAAAAUAUACGUUUAAAGUGG